CGUGUCUGUGAUGUGACUGAGUUUCAUCUUGUGCACAUUAUUUAUCUGUGGAGGUUUUUGUUGUUUGAAGUCACAGACGAGAGCAGCAGCUACUAUGAGUGUAACUGCAGCAGCGAAUGGAUUUGUUGUCCUUCUUCUCACUGUGACAGUGGUACAGUGUGAGAAUGGAUGGGAUGUGAGUUACACUUCUACUGAGAUCUGUGCCGUCAGAGGAUCAACAGUGGACAUUACCUGUACCUACACAUACCCAUCCACAAUCAAUAACCAUGAUACUACAGUUCAGGAAACGUUCUGGUUCAUUAAAGAGAGUAAUGGGAUUCACGUUGAUCUGAGGACUGAUCCAGAGUAUUCAGGUCGUGUGGAGAAUCUCUGUGGAAACAACAAGUGCACUCUGAGAAUCUCUAACCUGAGAGAGAGCGACUCAGCUGUGUACAAGUUCAGGUUCACAACAAACCAACCUACUGGGAGUUUAACUGGUUCAGCUGGAGUCACUCUGUCUGUCACUGAUUUGCAUGUGCAGGUGAGCUCAUCAUUGAGGGAUGACUCUUUAUACUGGGCAGUGCUCAGGUGUCAGAGCAGUUGUCAUCUUCCGGAUCAUCUAAACUACGUCUGGUACAAGAAUCAAGAUGAGACGGAGGAAGGAGAAAUUUUUUUUAAUAUUUUUCAUCGUACAGACAGAGUUUCCUGUGCUGUUAAAGGAAACGAGGAUUUCCGCUCUCCGUCAAUGUUGGUAUGGAGUCAGAUUGACUGGGGUGUGAGUUACACUUCUACUGAGAUCUGUGCCUCCAGAGGAUCAACAGUGGACAUUACCUGUACCUACACAUACCCAUCCACAUUUAAUAACAAUGAUACUACAGUUCAGGAAACAUUCUGGUUCAUUCAAGAGAGUAAUGGGAUUCACGUUGAUCUAAGGACGGAUCCGGAGUAUUCAGGUCGUGUGGAGAAUCUCUGUGGAAACAACAAGUGCACUCUGAGAAUCUCUAACCUGAGAGAGAGAGACUCAGCUGUGUACAAGUUCAGGUUCACAACAAACCAACCUGGAGGGAGUUUUACUGGUUCAGCUGGAGUCACUCUGUCUGUCUCAGACCAUCAGCUCCAGGUACAUGUGAGGAGAUCAACAACCUAUCCAUCUUCUACCUGGACAGAGCUGACCUGUCACAGAAGGUGUCAGCUCCCUGAUCAUCUUUCCUACGUUUGGUACAAUAACAAUAAACCUGUUGGACGAAAAAAAUACUUUCACCUCCGACACUUUAAUCCUGAAGACAGCUAUCACUGUGCUAUAAAAGGACAGGAGCGUUUCCCUUCUCCUACUUUGUAUGCUCCAAAGCCUCCCUCUGUGUCAGUGAGUCCCUCUGGUGAGAUCAUGGAGGGCAGCUCGGUGACUCUGACCUGCAGCAGUGAUGCUAACCCAGCAGCUAACUACACCUGGUACAAGGAGGACGAGGACUCACCAACAGUAUCAGGACAAAACUUCACCAUCACUAAUAUCACAUCUGAACAUGGUGGAAAGUAUCAGUGUGAGGCCCAGAACACACAUGGACGUAGUAAGGCCACCUUACAUCUGAGUGUUGGAGCAGGGAAGUCAGUGAUAAUCAUGAAUACCAUCAGACUGACUCUGGUGGUCGUGCUGGUUCCAGUGCUUGUUUGGACUCUGUGGACGAGGAUGAAGAAAACUCUGAGCUUGAAAUCAGAAGUGAAUGAAGCUGUGGAGAUGAUAGAGUUAGACAACUGUCCUGUGUAUGAGAACAUCGCUGCUGCUGCACAGACAGAAGACACAGAGGAGCAGGAAGACCUGGUGUGUUUCAUCUUGUGCACAUUAUUUAUCUGUGGAGGUUUUUGUUGUUUGAAGUCACAGACGAGAGCAGCAGCUACUAUGAGUGUAACUGCAGCAGCGAAUGGAUUUGUUGUCCUUCUUCUCACUGUGACAGUGGUACAGUGUGAGAAUGGAUGGGAUGUGAGUUACACUUCUACUGAGAUCUGUGCUGUCAGAGGAUCAACAGUGGAAAUUACCUGUACCUACACAUACCCAUCCACAAUCAAUAACCAUGAUACUACAGUUCAGGAAACGUUCUGGUUCAUUAAAGUGAGUAAGGGGAAUUACGUUGAUCUAAGGACGGAUCCGGAGUAUUCAGGUCGUGUGGAGAAUCUCUGUGGAAACAACAAGUGCACUCUGAGAAUCUCUAACCUGAGAGAGAGCGACUCAGCUGUGUACAAGUUCAGGUUCACAACAAACCAACCUGGAGGGAGUUUUUUUGGUUCAGUUGGAGUCACUCUGUCUGUCACAGACCCUCAGCUCCAGGUACAUGUGAGGAGAUCAACAGCCAAUCCAUCUUCUACCUGGACAGAGCUGACCUGUCACAGCAGGUGUCAGCUCCCUGAUCAUCUUUCCUACGUUUGGUACAAUAACAAUAAACCUGUUGGACGAAGAAAAUACUUUCACCUCCGACACUUUAAUCCUGAAGACAGCUAUCACUGUGCUAUAGAAGGACAGGAGCGUUUCCCUUCUCCUACUUUGUACUAUCCUUCAGAUGCUCCAAAGCCUCCCUCUGUGUCAGUGAGUCCCUCUGGUGAGAUCAUGGAGGGCAGCUCGGUGACUCUGACCUGCAGCAGUGAUGCUAACCCAGCAGCUAAAUACACCUGGUACAAGAGAAGUGAAGAUAAACAAGUUCAACGUCUCAGUGAAGAGACACAAUUUGUCCUCAGCUCCAUCCGGUCGUCAGACUCUGGAGAGUAUUACUGCACAGCUGAGAAUGAGCUGGGAAGGAGUUCAGCAAACAUCUUUAUUACUGUGACUUACGCUCCAAAGCCUCCGUCUGUGUCAGUGAGUCCCUCUGGUGAGAUCAUGGAGGGCAGCUCGGUGACUCUGACCUGCAGCAGUGAUGCUAACCCAGCAGCUCACUACACCUGGUACAAGGAGAACCGAACUCUGCUUCAAGGACCAGAGGGCGUUUAUCGUCUCUCCUCCAUCAGCUCUGGGGACAGUGGGGUCUACUCCUGCAAGUCUGAGAAUCAGUACGGACGGAUCAACUCCACGUCUCUACACUUAGACGUCCAGUACGCUCCAAAGCCUCCCUCUGUGUCAGUGACUUCCUCUGGUGAGAUCAUGGAGGGCAGCUCGGUGACUCUGACCUGCAGCAGUGAUGCUAACCCAGCAGCUAACUACACCUGGUACAAGGAGGACGAGGACUCACCAACUGCAUCAGGACAAAUCUUCACCAUCAUUAAUAUCACAGCUGAACAUGGUGGAAAGUAUCCGUGUGAGGCCCAGAACACACUAGGACGUAGUAAGGCCACCAUACAUCUGACUGUUGGAGCAGGGAAGUCAGUGAUAAUCAUGAAUACCAUCAGGUACACUCUGGUGGUCAUGCUGGUUCCAGUACUUGUAUGGACUCUGUGGACGAGGAUGAAGAAAACUCUGAGCUUGAAAUCAGAAGUGAAUGAAGCUGUGGAGAUGAUAGAGUUAGACAACUGUCCUGUGUAUGAGAACAUCGCUGCUGCAGCACAGACAGAAGACACAGAGGAGCAGGAAGACCUGGUGUGAAGCAUCAGGUCAGAGCCACUGGGACAAACACAACCAAGAUGGACGACUUCAGAGAACAUCCGUACAAGAUGGUUUUACAGAAACCAUAGUGUGUAGUUAUUAAAUACAGGAAAUCUGUCCAAGCAGCAAAAUUUCUGAGUGCAAGCGCAGAGUUUGAGCACAAGCAGAGUAAAUCUAAGCACCAGCAGGAGCUUUGUGAGUGCAAGCGCAGUGUGUUGAGUAAAAACACCACGAAAUCUGAACGUGCAAGUCCAGCUCCCAAACUAAAAGACCACUUUAAGAGGAAAACGACCAUACAUUUCCUUUCUACUCAUGGUUUCCUGUUUUCUUUCCUCACAGGUGCACUGUGAUUGGUUGAAAGUAUGCAAGAGGGAACAGGAAGUAUCUGAGUAUUGUGUCUUUUCUUUUUCUUUUCUGCUCACAGAAAUAAAGUUUUCGCAGCUUUAUUUCUGUGAGCUUUAGUUCUGAUGUUGGUUUAGGUUGAAGAAAGAUUCUCAGAUCCUUCGACCCUUUGUGGGUUGGUGUGUUGGGUUUUCCUUCUUUUGUCCAUUUUGCCGGCCUGUUGUUGAAGUUGUUGUCUUUUCUUCAAUUUCCCUCUUAACUACGUUGGACGUCUUGGUGAUGAAACUUUGAGGCUGUGGUAACACCACGUGACUCAUCUUGUGUCUUAUACGUGAUAUUAAUGUGGUUAAUACAUGGAUAAUGAAUUAUUAUGUAUCGUGAUUUUAUGAUUCUUUCUUAAAUAAAUGUUUUUGAUCUUUUUGUUUUCACUCCUUA